AUGGGCGUCCAGGCGCUCGAGGGCAACGGCAUCACGCUCAAGAUCCUCUUCCUCCUGCGCGACAAGAACCUGACCCCGCCGGGGCACCCCUUGAAGCAGAUCCGCCGCCGCCGCGCCAUCUGGGAGUUCGUCGCCGUCGAGCUCAUCGGGUUCGGCGCCACGUUCGCCAUCACCCAGACUGUCGCGGCGGUCGGCUUCCCCGUGUUCAUCAUGCUUCUCAUCCCCAUCCGCGCCUGGCUGCUGCCGCGGUGGUUCUCGCCCGAGGAGCUGAACGCGCUUGACGAGCCCACGGCAUCGCCUUUCACCAUGGAGGGCAUUGGCGGGGCGUACGGCGCAGGGGACAUGGGCGAGGACUCGGACGACACGCAGGUGUCUGGGUACAGCUAUGGGGAAACCCACGCCAGCAGGCUGGAACCGCGUAAUAGUGAGGGCGUCCUUGCGUCGGCUGCUGCGCCGGGGAGGAGUCGAGAAGAUGUGGCGGAGCUGGGGCAAUCUCGGAGUGUGGAGAGUGUGAACCAGACUACAAGAAGGGGUGGCCACGCUGCCACAGCUGACUGA